AUGGAUGUGCCAUCACCGUUGUCACAGCAGCCACCACAAGACGACCUAUCCAGUCGACUGUCGAACGUGGAAGAACUCCUUGCACAGAAGGAAGAACAAAGCAGCAAGCGCAUUCAAGAACAGAAGAUGCAGCUGAAUUCGCUACAGGCAUUGAAAGGCAAGGAUGAAAAUCGGCCUGCAAGUGAGCAGCACGAUGUGUUGGCAAAGGUGGCUCAGCUUGAGGAAGCAGUCAAGCAGUGCUCUGAGGGUGUGAAUCAUGCGACUCUCAAGGCUGAGGCUGAGAGCAACAAGAAAAGCAUCAAGGAGCUGCGAGCUGCCAUGGAGAAGAAGGACGAGGAGAAUGCACGCAAGACCAAGGAGCUGCGAGCUGCCAUGGAGAAGAAGGACGAGGAGAAUGCACGCAAGACCGAGGAGCUGCGAGCUGCCAUGCUAGCUGCCAUGGAGCAGAAGGACAAUGAGAAUGCACGCAAGACCGAGGAGCUGCGAGCUGCCAUGCUAGCUGCCAUGGAGCAGAAGGACGAGCAGCUGCAGGAGCUGCGAGCUACCACGGACAUACUGCAACGCAGCGUUGAUGAAAUUGCGGAACCCAUCCGCAAGCGUGAGAUGGCCAGAUGUCUCAGCAACUGGCUGCUUUGGAAGCUUCACGCCAACGAAAUGCAGUGGGGCGGCCCAUCCCCGCUCAUCAUCGACCUCGCCAACUUUCUCAACGUUUUUUUCAACCUGGCCGAUGUAGAUCAUCCAUCAUUUCCGUACAUACAGUCGUGCUACAUGCAGGCUUCCCCCGGAGCUCAAUGGAGGAUGCGCCAGGCCUACAUUGAAGUUUGCACGCGGCUGCGAGGGCGAGGCAUGUCGCCUCAUGGUUUUUUUUCUUUGCUGGAUCAACAGCGCCUACAUGGAAACGCGGCCGCGCAUCCGAAUUACUACCGGAUCAUGCCUGCGGAGCACUUAGCAAGUGUCUACCAGGAAAAGGCGGCAACAGAUCCGGUUUGCGCGGCGAUUUCUUUUGGAUUCAACUCGCUUUUGAAUUAA